AUGAUCAAGCAUUUUUUUGUCGAAGAGCUUGCACAAGGCGAUAAGAUUAAGGUGGCAAAGAAAGACAACGACUACAUGUUCCUCGCCACCUCGAGGUUUAAAUUUCUCGAUAUCAAAAAUUUCCUUGCUCCUGGUCUAAGCUAUGGCGGUUGGUGCAAAUCGUUGGAAUGCAAGCUGCAAAAGCUCGUGUUUUUGUAUGAAUGGUUGACGAGCCACGACAAGUUAAACCAUGUUGGGCCUGUGGCCCACGAGAAUUUUCAUACCCGUCUGAGUGGGAGAAACACACUAUCCGACGAGGAGUACGAGACAUUCCGCGCUGCAUUUUACAGGCGAAGCUGCGUUACCAUGAUGGACUGGCUGCGUAAGUACAACCUAGCCGAUGUGGAACCUUUCAUUAAAGCCGUAAACAAGACGAGGUUGCAGUAUUAUGAGGAUGAAAUCGAUAUUUUGAAGGAUGCUGUUAGUAUACCGGCCGUUUUGAUGCGCUAUGUAUUAAACAAGUCUCUACGGUUGAACCCCAAGCUAGAGCUAUACGUUCUGAGAGACCCAUGCAGACAUAGGUGUAAGGACUCUUGUUAUAGCAAGACUCGUAAGAGUUGUAAACAGGUACAGAAAACAUGUGAAAAAUGUACGAGGAAUGAGGCCUACCAGCUCCUACGGACGGGUAUGGUGGGUGGUCCCACGAUUGUAUUCUGUAGAUACCACGAACAAGACGUGACGGGUAUCAGAUCUCACGUGUACGGCGAACCCCACAAGUGUAGGACCAUUCUAGGGUAUGACGCAAACAUGCUCUACCCUAGUGCCUUGAUGCAAGACUUUUCCUGCGUGAAGAAACACUUGAUCAAGGUGGCCAAACCUACAUCGGAACAUAACUUAGGGCUACUGACGCGAGGCGUGGUGGAUGGAUCGUUGUUUGCUUUUGCCCAGGUUGAUAUCAAGGUACCUGAAAAUCUGCGCGAAAAGUUUAGUGAAAUGGCUCCACUGUUUGUCGUCAAGGAGAUACCUGAUGAUCAAAUUCCCGAGCACAUGCACGAAUACUUACAAAAUACGGGUCGCAAGCGUGUUCCGGGUACACGUAAGCUUUUGGGGUUACUAAAUGCUGAAAAAGUCCUACUGUAUACCACUGUGCUAAAGUGGUACCUUGAACAUGAGCUUAAAGUGACUGCCUUUCACCAGUUUCUCAAGUAUGCUAGAGGUAGGCCUUUUGAAUGGUUCCCAGAAGAUAUUGCCGAUGCACGACGCCAGGCUGAUAAAGACCCCGACAAGCGUAUUGCAGGAGAUACGGCAAAGUUGAAAGGCAACUCAUUUUACGGUAAAAUGAUAGAGGAUCUGGAGAGGCAUGCAAAUAUUACGUUCACGAGGGAUGAAAAGGAGGUUCAUGCAGCCCUCCGAAGCCCGUACCUAGAGGAUCUUGAAGAGAUCGGAGAUGCGUAUGAGCUGAGAAGGGGUAAACACAAAUGUACUAUCGAUAGAGCCUACCAGUGCGGUAUCGCGGUAUACCAACUCGCCAAGUUGCGCAUGUUGGAAUUUUAUUACGACUUCCUGGACAAGUAUGUGGAUCGUCAAGAUUUCGAAUACACUUACGUGGACACUGACAGUGCCUAUUUUGCCAUCUCUGGGAAAGAUUUUCGAGAUGUCGUUCGUCCCGAACUGCUUGACGAGUAUGAUGAGGAUGUAAAAAACUAG